AUGGCCGCGUCUCGGUCCCAGCAGCUCGGCUUCGGGGCGGCUCCCGCGCUCCCCGCACUCCCCGCACUCCCGCCCGGCCCAGCCGGUGCCCCACCGCCGCCCCCGGGCCCCGGCCCCUUCGCCGGCUUCCUGAGCGGCGGCCCCGCGCCCCCCGCGCCCCCAGCAGGCGCGUCAGCCCCGUCGGCGUCGCAGCGCCGCAAGCGCACGUCGUUCAGCGCCGAGCAGCUGCAGCUGCUUGAACUCGUCUUCCGCCGGACCAUGUACCCAGACAUCCACCUGCGCGAGCGCCUAGCCGCGCUCACUCUGCUCCCCGAGUCUAGGAUCCAGGUGUGGUUCCAGAACCGGCGGGCCAAGUCCAGGCGGCAGAGUGGGAAAGCCUUUCAGCCCUCAGCCAGGCCUGAGCUUUUUCUCCACCCCGCCGUUCAGGGACCCGAAGCAAAAUGUCUGAAGCCCCAACUGCCUCUUGGAGUAGACGUGACCUGCCUGCCCAGUCCCAGCAGGGUUGGGGAGGGCACCCCCCACCCGAGCUGCCAAGGUCAGCGCUUCCAAGCCUACUCUCCCCUCUCUGAAGACACUGGUUCCAAGCUGGACUCGUGGGAGGAACACAUCUUUUCUGCCUUUGGUGACUCCUGAGGAGUGUGGGUAAAGUCAGGACAAGCUCCGAGGAGGAGCUGAGACUGAAGGUGGGGACAUGCAUACCAGGAGGCUGUCCCUUCUGGCGAGGGACACAAGCCUGUUCACCUCGGUAAGGGUGUCACCCGCAGCUCUCACCGGUGAGGCUCCCUCCCCUGUCGCUUGUGAGCCUUUUACCCACUCUUCUCCCUCUAUGGGCCCCUCCCCAGGAGUCCCAGGGCCCUUUGCCCCGGGCGUCUCCAGACCCACACCUCGGGUUCCAUCUGGACCCCUGCUCCUUCUGGGGGGUCGCCCACUUCCCUUCCAGACUGCUUCGUCAGAACUCCCUCUCCCCUUCCCGAGAACCGGCAGCCAGGCUCUCUCUCUCCUCGCUGCCUGCAGCCGGCUUCUCGUGGUUCCUCCA